AUGACCUAUGUCCGUCAUUGUGGGAGGCCUGAUUUGUUCAUCACAUUCACAUGCAAUCCGAAAUGGGUUGAUAUUACACGCAAACUUUUUCCAGGCCAGCAGUACUCACACCGCCCUGACCUAAUUGCCCGCGUUUUCCGGUUACAGCUGCGUAAGCUUAUGGAUUUGAUCCUUAAAGGGCAAGUCUUUGGACGCGCCAAGUGCCAUAUGUACACAGUGGAAUGGCAGAAACGCGGUUUGCCUCAUGCCCACAUCCUGCUGUGGCUCAACGAUAAGGUUGAUGCAAACAAAAUAGACGAUUUUAUUUCUGCUGAAAUUCCGGAUCCUGCGCUGGAGCCUUUGCUCCACGAAAUCAUUAAAAAAUAUGAUACACGGCCCUGCGGUGCGAAUUACGAAAAAAAGGUCAUGUUGGUCAGCGGCCACAUUUGCGCCAAAGGUUACCCCCGUAAGUUUAUCUCAAACCAGACUGCGACGGAUGAUUACCCACUGUACAGACGUAGAAGCCCCGCUGAGGGCAGCAGAACUGUGACAGUUAAGGGGCACACUCUGGACAAUAGUUGGGUGGUGCCUUGUGCCGCUGCUGUCCAAGACUUUUGGAGCCCACAUAAACGUUGA